AUGAAAUUCACCUCUUUCAUCGUGUCUGUCGCGGUAAUGGCUGGCGUGGCUCUCGCUACCAACCCCAUCGGCGAGUCUUGUGACACCCCUAAUGUUUUCGCAUGCGGACAGGACGCGAGCCUCAACAACGGGAAUCCGUUCGUUUAUGAAUGUUCACCAGUCACGGACGAGUACGUGUACGUUGUAGGCUGCCUCUGCCCCACUUGCUGUAUCACCACGCCCGUUGGUGGUGGGUUCUGCGUUGUAGAGUGA